AUGGACGUCGAAACGAACUCGCUUGCCCUCAAGCCGCCACUUGAGAAUGAGCAGGAUCUCCAGGAUGCGACAGACUUGGCGGCGAUGGGUCACGCCCAGGCGUUGACCCGCAAAUUUAAUAUUUGGAGCAUGCUCGCUCUUGCAUUCUGUGUUCUGGGAACCUACUCUACCUUCGCGCAGGAUCUGAGCUCGGGUCUCACCAAUGGCGCCUCCAUUACCAUCCUCUGGGGCCUGGUGCUCGUCACGGGCUGUAACCUGUGCGUGGCCGUCUCGCUAGGCGAGUUGACCUCCAGCAUGCCGACGGCGCUGGGUCAAGCAUACUGGGUAUACAGACUGUGGCCGACGCCGUUGGGCCGCUUCGUCUCGUACAUGUGUGCGUGGAUCAACACGUUCGGAUGGUGGACCUUGACUGCCUCGCAGGUUGCCUUCAUGACCGAGUUCCUGCUUGGCAUGAAGACGAUGUUCGAUCCGGACUGGACGGGUGCGAACCAGGGGUGGUUGAAUUUUGUGGUGUAUAUUGGUGUUGUGUUUGCGUUGACCCUUAUCAAUGUGGUCAGCUGUCGCAAGGAGCAGGUUCUGCCUUGGAUUAACAACUUUGUUGGGAUUUGGUUUGGGGGGCUGUUUAUUGUGCUCUCGAUGGCUAUGUUGAUUUGUGUUGGUGUUAAGAGUGAUUUGUCGUUCCAGUCUGGGGCAUUUGUUUUUGGGAACUGGAUGAACCAAACGGGGUGGAGUGAUGGUGUUGUGUGGUUUACUGGCUUAGUGCAAGCUGCUUAUGGUUUGACCGCUUUCGACUCGGUGAUUCAUAUGGUGGAAGAGAUCCCUGAUCCGAGGAGGAAUGCUCCUCGUGUGAUCUGGAUGGCCGUUUUGUUCGGUGCAGUUACGGGUUUCAUCUUCAUGGUGGUUUGCCUGUUCUGCAUCCAGAACCUCGACAAGGUCACCAACGCUGACCAGCCUUUCAUCGAGCUCAUCCUGGAGACCGUCGGCCUAAAGGGCGGCGCCACUCUCAUCGCCCUAUUCAUCUUCAACGGGCUGGGCCAGGGAAUCAGUGUUCUGACCACGGCCUCCCGCCUGAGCUGGGGCUUUGCUCGUGAUGGCGGUCUUCCCUGGAGCAGGUACUUCAGCCACGUCGACCCCGUCUGGCAAGUCCCCGCGCGAGCACUCUGGGGCCAAGGCGUGCUAAUCGGCAUCGUCGGCAUCCUAUACCUCUUCGCCAACACCGUGCUCGAGGCCAUUCUGAGCGUCAGCACCAUCGCCCUAACAAUCUCCUACGCGAUGCCCAUCCUCGCACUCCUCGUCACCGGCCGCGACAAGCUAGUUCCAGGCCCCUUCAAACUCGGUCGCUGGGGCCCAUGGAUGAACUGGAUCAGUAUCGUAUACUGUGUCAUCACCACCAUCUUUUUCCUGUUCCCCGGAGCGCCAAACCCGGCUCCGGCCGAUAUGAACUACGCCAUUGCAGUCUUCGGCGUCAUGCUUGUUAUUGCGGUUGCCUUCUGGUUUAUCCGGGGCAGUCGGACUUACCUGCAGACUGAGGAUGCUAUUGCGCAGAUGUUCUAUGCGCAGCACUUGGAGAAUGCGGAGAACUCCGACGUGGCUAUUCCGCCGCCGAUGGAUUACAAAUGA